UUCCGGCAUUUUGUCAGUUGAAAGUUGAACUGUUGAGAAGACUUUUACAUUGAUAGCUCCAAUAUAACCGUCCAAAAUGGGCGUCCCUAAAUUUUAUCGGUGGAUAAGUGAACGCUUUCCAUGUUUAAGUGAAACUGUGAAAGAACUACAGAUACCAGAAUUUGACAAUUUAUAUCUGGAUAUGAAUGGAAUCAUACACACAUGUUCUCAUCCUGAUGAUAAUAAUCCACAUUUCCGUAUCACACUAGAGAAGAUAUUGUCAGACAUCUGCCAUUAUAUUGAGUUUUUGUUUCGUAUAAUAAAACCAAAGAAAGUCUUCUUUAUGGCUAUUGAUGGAGUAGCUCCAAGGGCUAAGAUGAACCAGCAAAGAGGAAGAAGAUUCAGAUCUGCUAGAGAGGCAGAAGAAUGUGAAAAGAAAGCUAGAGAGUCUGGCGAAGUUUUACCUACAGAGAAAAGAUUUGAUUCUAACUGCAUUACACCAGGAACAGAAUUUAUGGUGACACUUCAUGAACAUUUGAAGUACUUUGCUGCACAAAAAGUAUCAACAGAUCCAUUAUGGCACGGGGUCAGAGUAUAUUUAUCAGGACAUGAGACUCCUGGAGAAGGUGAGCAUAAAAUCAUGGAUUUUAUCCGACAUGAUAGAACCCAGCCAGGAUAUGAUCACAACACAAGACAUUGUCUGUAUGGGUUGGAUGCUGAUUUGAUGAUGUUAGGACUUUCCACUCAUGAACCACACUUUUCAUUAUUACGAGAAGAAGUAAGAUUUGGUGGCAAGAAAGAUAAUAAAAGACCAGCAACACCAGAAGAAACAACAUUUCAUUUAUUACAUCUAUCUUUGUUUAGAGAAUAUUUAGACUUUGAAUUUAAGGACUUAAAGGGGAAGUUACCAUUUGGUUAUGAUGUAGAGAAGAUAAUAGAUGAUUGGGUGUUGAUGGGAUUUCUAGUCGGCAAUGAUUUUAUCCCAAAUCUUCCACAUCUGCAUAUCAGACACGAUGCUCUCCCCUUACUGUGGAAAACUUACAUGAACAUCCUACCAGAAUGUGGAGGGUAUUUAAAUGAAGGUGGUCAUUUGAAUGUACCAAGAUUUGCAAAGUACAUGGAAGAAUUGAAAAAGUUUGAUAUUGAAAGUUUUACAAAUAUGUACACAGACUUAAAAUGGUUAGAAGGCAAAAGACAACAAAACCAUACAGAGAGUACACCAGUCAAGGUCAAGCCAUCAGUUGCUUUACAGAAUCAGUUUUCAGCAAUAGGUAAUAGUAAAGAAGAAGAUGGGGACGAGGCUUUAUUUGGUGCAGGACCAGGGGCAAGCUCAGAAGAACAGACCAGUCCUGCAGAAGAAGACGAAGAAAAUGUAGACACAUUUGAUGAAGAGUUUAUAUUGCAUAAACGAAAUUAUUAUCAAACAAAAUUGGAAUUUGAAACUGUUACUGCAGAGGUUUUAAGAGACCAAGCUGAAGGCUAUGUCAGAGCCAUACAAUGGAUCUUGCUUUACUAUUAUGAAGGUGUACCAUCAUGGAGUUGGUUUUAUCCUCAUCAUUAUGCACCUUACAUAAGUGAUAUCACAAACUUUAGUGACCUUGAGAUUGAGUUUGACCUUGGAAAACCAUUUUUUCCUUUCCAACAGUUAAUGGCAGUACUUCCUGCUGCCAGUAAAGAUCUACUUCCUGCAGCAUAUCAGCCUCUGAUGUUAAAUGAAGAUUCACCAAUCAUUGACUUCUAUCCUGUCAAUUUUCAAACAGAUUUAAAUGACAAGCAACAAGAAUGGGAAGCAGUUGUGUUAAUACCUUUCAUAGAAGAGGUUAGAUUGAUAAGAGCUAUGAAAGAUGUCGAAAAUAGAUUGACAGAAAGGGAAAAGGCCAGAAAUAAGCAUGGACCCUGUCUGUUAUAUGAAUAUACAACUGAGGAUCAAGGUCCAUACCAGUCUUCAAUGCCUGGUGUGUUCCCUGACUUAGGAGUGAACUUUGCUUGUAUAAAAGAAGUUUAUAUGGAAGAUUUCUAUGUGGAGAAGGGAAUGCUGAGGAAAGGACUUUUACCUGAUUGCAAAUUAGAUGUAUAUUACCCAGGAUUCCCUACUAUGAAACAUAUUCCUCAUACUGCAUUUUUGAAGAAAUGUAACGUCAAAGUGUUUCAGAUGUGUAGCAAGGGAGAGAAUAUGAUGUUACAGAUACUUGGCUCAGACGAGGACCGAGUAAGGCCGAGGGUAUUAGAAGAUGUAGCUAAAGAUUACAUAGAUGAAAUUGUACAUGUUGGUUGGCCUCAUUUAUAUCAAGCUAAAGUUAUUUCUGUCUCAGAUGAUGAAAACAGAUUUGUAUCUACUGAUGAUGGGACAAAGAAAGUAAAAGGCAAACCUAAGAUGAUGAAGCAUACCUUGAAUGAGGAAGAAAGAGGUUUAUGGCACAGAGAAGUGGACAGUAUUACUAUGAGAUACCAUGACAGACAAGGUGUAGAUGUUGGACCAACCUUCUUUUUAGUCAAAGCUUUACCUGUUAAUGGCAAAAAGUAUGUUUGUGAAGCACAUGGUAACAUAAUUUUAGAGAAACAGUUUGCCUUUUUACCUAUUCCAUUUGUUCUACAAGCUACGUGCAAGAAUAUAGCUGUACAUGAUCCUACAUACCAAGCCUACAGAACAUUGUCAGAGUUGUUCCCACCUAAACAAUCAAUAUUCAUGAUGGGAUCACCACACUAUGGAUGUCAAGGAGAGGUAUUAGAAGUAGACGAAGGUGAAAAUCCUCGUGUAAGAAUACACGUCUCUAUACCAGAUGAACCAGAUUUCCAGAGGAUUGAGGCUCAUCCAGAGAACUUUCAACAGCGUUAUUUCCCAGGAUACAAUUUAGCACAGAGACUAGGAAUUAAUUCACACUUCCUGUCUAGAAUUACUGGUUCCAUAUACAUAAAGAAAGGAUCACGAGAGGAAUCUAAAGAUACAAGAGGGGACAGUGUAAAUAUUGGACUGAACUUAAAGUUUACAAAGAGGAAUGAAGAGGUCCCUGGAUACACAAGACUGGCACCUAAUGGCUGGACUUAUUCAGAAAAAGCCAUGGAAACAAUUGGAGCAUAUCUCAGAAAAUUUCCAGACCUUUGGGAUACCAUUAUAGGUCAACAGGAUAACAAAACAGACAAUUUUUAUGAAGCAGAUAUUUUCAGUAAAAAUGGUGUUACACUGAAGGAUGUGACAACUUAUCUGAAGACUUUACCCUGUAGCAGUAUAAAAACUAUGAAAACAGGAGCAGAUAUUCUAGAUGAGGGUAUCAUUCAGGCUAUAGAAAAGGAAGUUAAUAGAGUCAUGGAGGAGAAUAGAAAGAAACAAAAGAGAGUGAAAAUGCAAGUGAAACCACAUCUUCUAUUUAGACCAAUUCCAAAUGAGAGUAGUAUAGUACCAGAUCAGACAGUAACAUUUAUGUUAUUUGACCGUGUGGUCAGUGUCAGACAAGGAUAUACUGUACCCUUUGGUUUACGUGGGAUAAUAGUUGGCAUCCACAAGGCAGAGAAGGAAUCAGACACUAUGUUUGAAGUUGUAUUUGAUGAAGCUUUCAUAGGAGGAAUUAAUAUAAGAUGUACUGGAAAUAAAGGAUAUAGGGUACCCAAAACUGCUGUAGUAAACAUAUCUCAUGGUGAUCGAAAAUACCAUGGUAACACUAACAGACAGAAAGCAACAGAAAACUUCAAUAAAAACACAUGGAAGAAUGACAAUAGUAAUAAUUACAAAAGUGGUAACUAUGGUGAUUAUAAUUCUGGGAAUUCUAGGAACAAUAGUAGGGGAGGCUACUCUGGUGGAAAUGAAGGAUAUAACAAUAGAAAUCAGGGUAGACAGCUCAAUAAUGGUCAUGUGAAUGACAACACAUAUCCUAGGUAUGGCUGGCAGGGUCAACAACCAAAAUCAUCAAUAGAUAGUGCCAAUGUGACAAUAAAUGAAUCUAAUAGACCAAAAAUGGAUAUCAGACAAGAAAGUUUUGAUGAAAGUCAGAAAGAUGCUCCUUUACAGUUUGUAACACCGAAAAUUCCUUCACCAGGAAGACCACAGAAGACACAAGGUCAACAACAAGAUUCCUCAAGGACAAUGGCAGCUAAGAUGUUUCAAGACAGCAAUAAUUCAGAGUUUGCUGAUAUGUGGAAAGAAUUACAAAAAAUUUCACCAUCAGAUAAUACUUUACUGAACCAGGCAGCUAUGGCUUUGAAUAAACUGCCAGAUGACCCAGCAUUAUCUCCUAAGAUAGCGCCAACUUCCUUCAAUGUACAGAGUUUGUUUGAUGAAGCUAACAAGUCUAACACAGCAGAAUUAACAUCCAAAUUAAAAGACUUAAGUGUGUUCAAAGAUAGUAAUAUGGAGGACGGUGUGCUGGUUUGUUCUUUAAAGAAAUCUGAUCAAGACAAAGAGGAUGGUAGUGCUGCUUUGAAGCAAAUGUUGAAUAUUGACUCAGAAGACAGUGAAAAGUUACCUCCGACAAAAGAGGUUCCCUCAUAUGGGAGACAAGUUUCUGUACAAGAACUGUUUGAUGGUGUAAAACAGAAGAGUUCAAGUGAAAAUGUACAAUCACCUAGUUCUAACCAGUUUCAUCAAGCUCAGGACCAGCAAUAUCCAGCCAAGAGCAGUCAUAACCAAAAUCAACCAAAUCAAUACAAUAAUGUAGGACGGCAGUCUGGUAAUCAAGGUCGACCAAAAUCUGGUGGAAUGCAUCAAAACAACCCCAAUAUAAAUGUAUCUAGGAACCCUGUAAUGCAGCUUUUAGGUUUCUGUAAAUCAUUCAAAUUAUCAGAUCCCAAGUAUGAGUUCAACAGACAGAUACAGAGUGGUGGGUAUACUUGUGUGAUCAAUUUAAGUAAUGGUGCCAGAUUCCAAGGAGCUACCACCCCAACCCAGGAGGCUGCUGCAGAGAGUGCAGCAAGUAUAGCACUGCAUCAAUUAGGAGCAACUAUCCAACCGUCCACUCAAUGCCACCCACUAAUGAUGAUGCAUCAGAGAAUACCACCUCCUGGGAUGAUGCCACAUAGGAUGCCACCAUCUCCUAGAUCUCAUCAGCCACAACAACCGUUCCCAUCAGCAUUCAGACCUGUCCAGCCUGCUGGUGUGAUGAACAUCAGGGGUCAGGGGCAACAACAGAAUUACCAUGGUGGUCGGGGAGGAAACCAGGGGAUUUACAGUUGGCCGCAGCAACAGGAAUAUAGUAGACCAAGACAACAUAGUGAUUCACUACCGUCAACAGUCAUAUGUCAGCCGAGUGAAGAACAGUCACCGAUCAAACAAUCGUCUCAAGCUAACCCAUUUAUACCCCUACAGGUAACAAAACAACAGAAGACUCCACAGAAAAAGAAACAUAAAGAAGACAAUGUAAAUAACAAUAUGUCAACUCCCCCCAAAUCUGUCCCGGAAACCAGUCCGCCACAGAUUUCAAAAGGAGAAAAGCAAUCACAUAUACAAGAAAGCAGUGAACAGAAAACUGUACAUGAAAGUGGAAGUAGAACAAAGAAGACUCCACCAAAACAACAGACUCCAAAUAAACGGAAAUCUAGAUUAGCAGCUAAUUUUAGUGGAAUGAAGUAGAAAGACAUUAAAUUAUCGCCACAUGAAUGGAAUGUUUUUAAAUCUUUUACAACCUUUUCAACUAUUUACCAAAUGACAUUUUGCUAGGGAACCAAGUUCUCUCUGUAUAUGUGUAACAAACAUGCUCUUUGGUAUGAUUUUUUUUGGCAGAAGAAAUGUUUCAUAUCAGUUUUAUUGAAGACAGUUUUGUGUACAUUCUAAAUUCAAAGUUCUCCUUCAAGUCUUUCUAUAUAUAUAUUUGUAUAAAAUUUACACAAGUUUUAUUUUUGUGUAUGAUAUGUAAGUAAUUUUAUCUACAGUAAACAGCCAUGUACUAUCCACAUUGUAUAUGUACAACAGAAUUAUAAUGUUAUUGGAUACAAAUUAAAUCAAGUAUUAAGUUCUGAGUAACCUUCAAAAGGUCAAAUAAAACACAUUCUCUAAUGUUGUUAAUAUAUGAAAACAUGAAUAAAAGCAUAUGGUGAAAAUUUAACGUAAAAAUUGCAAAAAACUGAAAUUGUCUAGCUUGUCUUAAUUAUCUAACGUCACAGUACCCAAAUUGCACCCAUUUAGCAAAAAUAGCAGUGGAAAUUUACAAGUUUUUUAGAGACUAAACAAUUUGUAUUUUUAUGAUUUGACAUUAUGCACAUCUCUCCACAUAGCUGAAUAUAUUUAGAUAUACUCAAAACGUUCACAAUAUAUAUCAACAGAUGAAGUAUUCACUGGAAAUAGUAUAAUGUACUGGGACAUCGCCAUGCAUAGUCCAAAAAUAAAAAUCAAAUUUUAAAAAUGAUCAUUUAAAAUAUACAGGCAUCCAUUCCUUAAAAAAAUAAAAAGUAAGCAUGGAGUAUUGUCAAAUUGUUCUAAAUAUUUGGAAAAAUAAAUGAAAACAUCGGUUAUUCGAUAUUAUAAAAGGAUGUGAAUUGAAGCAUGGAUGCAAUUUGGGUACUCCUCAUUACAGAAUCAUUGAUCGUUUGGAGGUCGUUUUCAGAGCCAUUUUUCUUUGAUUCAAUAUGGAUUCAAAAUUGAAUUGGUGGAGCUAUAUAGUGAAUAAGGAUACAUCUAAAAAAUAAACACAGAAAGGAAACUUUUUAUCUGGAUCAUAAAUAAACUUUGGUGAAAUAAACUGUCAAAAUAGAUGCAGUUUUGGUACCCUCACAUUAAUUUUAUUUUACUUUUUGUAAAAAUGUAAUUUAUAUAUUGAAUAUGUUUUUUUUCUUGGAAAAUCUUAACACAUAUUAGUUUUUGUAGUGUUAACAAAGGUUUAGAUGUUGAAAUAAACAAUGUAUUUUGAAAAGAAACGAUUGAAAUCUUACAAUAAAACAUAUUAAUAGUUAUAUUUUUCAAGAAGUGCUAAUUUUUUAAUUGCAUGUACUAACAAUGUGUAAAUACAGGAAACUUCAAAUCAUGUACAACCAUUGCAAUUAGAGAUAGUAUACAGUACUUGACAGAAUGGUAAUAUUUGUGUAUACUAAAUAGUCAACAUGUCCCUGUUGUAAACAUUUAUGGACAAGAUUUAUCCACUGCUGAAGUUAAAAUAAAUCAACAUGAUUAAACUACUGAUUCCUUCAUUAAAUAAAGUAAACAAAUAGACACAGUCUGCUAUAUCUAAUCUUUUAUUUUAUAACUUAACAAUAUUUAAUGAAAACAAUGAAGAAAUUGUUCAAAUAUUAUGAAGCACUGUCUUUCUCUCCAUAUAGUUGAUGGCGUCUCGUUUCAAAUGUCUAAUUUCAGAUGUUAUGAUUUAAUUUUGCAUUUAAUGAUAAAUCAGGAAUUCUUGUUGAAAUUGAAGAAAUUCUUAUAUAAAAGAAAUUAAUUAAAUGUUACCCUACAUAAUCUCCAAGGAUCUUUUAGUUUCUUGUAUAUUUUUUAAAAGCCAAGUGAUUUUGAUAAAUAGAAAUUCAGAAUACUGUAAAUUGAAAGAGAAUGUGACCUUCUAAUUUAAACUUUAUAAUAUUUUAUUUUUACAUUUUGGUGAGUUACACCUGUAUGAUUUGAUUUUAGCACAUUUCAUUCUCUUUUUUUCAUGUUUAGGGUUGAAACCAAAAUUCCUCAGGUGGACAUGGUCAAUUUAAUAAAGACAUCUGAAUCAUCUGUUUCGUAUUAGCAACAUUUAUGUCAACACCCACAAAUUGAUAACUAACACUGAUUUGACCAUUUGGUUACCUUGUGCAUGAUUUCUUCUGUUUAAUAUUGCAGUGACCCACUUACAUAAUUAUAUUUAGGCAUAUAAAUCUGAGUUAAAAUUUCUUUUAAAGUUAUUCCUAGACUGUCGUUUUUUUACCUACUUCAGGUUUUUCAAUACAAUAAAUAGAAGUUAUAUGUUUUACUGCUACAUGACAGUUUUGUUAAAUGAUUGUUAAAAGUGUAAUUGCAUAACUCUCUUGUAUCGACAAAAACAUCACAUGUUAAACUUUGAUACAUUAAUAUUUAUGUAAAUAAUACUACAAUGUAGUUUGUAUUUACAUCAAUGGGGCUAAGAUGUCACAUGUGAACAUUUUAGCCAAUGACAUUUCAGUAACAACACUGAUCGAUUUUAAAAGUCAGUUUUAAUGAUUUUAUUUUGUAAAUUGUAACUUACAUUAUUGCUUUCAAGCAAUACACUUUUACAUUAAAAACCUGUUUGCAAAGUUA